AUGAACGCUGGUAAAUCCACGGCGUUGCUGCAAUCCAGCUAUAACUAUCGCGAGCGGGGCAUGCACACUUUGAUUUUAACGCCGGAGUUUGAUGACCGUUUUGGUGUAGGUCGGGUCACCUCACGGAUUGGCAUCGACGCACCCGCGUCGACCUUCGAUCAUUCUGACAACCUGUUCUUGGUAGUGGAAGGUCAUCAUCAACAGCAGGUGCUGCACUGUGUGCUCAUUGACGAAGCGCAGUUUCUGACCAAACAGCAGGUCUUUGAGCUGGGUGAAGUGGUCGAUCGGCUGAAAAUCCCUGUGUUAGCUUAUGGAUUACGGACAGAUUUUCGGGGCGAACCCUUUGUGGGCAGCCAGUACCUGUUGGCCUGGGCUGACAAUCUCGAGGAGAUUAAAGCUAUCUGUCAUUGUGGUAAAAAAGCCACCAUGGUGAUCCGCGCGGAUGAUCAGGGACGCGCGUUAAAAGAUGGUUCUCAGGUUGAGAUCGGUGGUAACGAGCGACCAACCCAUGACAAGGAUCUGCCAGUAGGCGACAACCCACUGCAGCUCUAUUCUUUGGCGACACCUAAUGGCGUUAAAGUUACUGUGCUGCUGGAAGAGUUGUUGGCCUUAGGUCAUACCGGUGCAGAAUAUGAUGCUUAUACGAUCAACAUCGGUGAAGGUACCCAAUUCAGCAGCGGCUUUGUUGCCGUUAAUCCCAAUUCGAAAAUUCCUGCACUGCUGGAUACAACAACGUCACCGCCAACCCGAGUGUUUGAGUCUGGCGCUAUCCUCGUUUACCUGGCUGAAAAAUUUGGCGAGUUCCUGCCGACAGAUCCAAGCGCGCGUGCAGAAUGUAUGUCCUGGCUGUUCUGGCAGAUGGGUAGUGCCCCAUAUCUCGGUGGUGGCUUUGGGCAUUUUUACGCUUAUGCCCCUGAAAAAUAUGAAUAUCCGAUCAAUCGUUUUGCGAUGGAAGUAAAGCGUCAGCUCGACGUUCUGAAUCGUAACCUGGCAGAACGUGAGUACCUGUGUGGGGAUGACUACAACAUCUCUGAUAUGGCGAACUACGCCUGGUACGGCAACCUGGUGAUUGGCGAAAUUUAUUCUGCACAGGAAUUUCUGGACACUGCUUCCUACACACACGUUGCAAGGUGGGCGCGGCAGAUUGAUGAGCGGCCAGCGGUAAAACGCGGCAAACGCGUUAAUAAAGCCUGGGGUCCGGAAGAAGAGCAGGUGAUCGAGCGCCACAGUGCCAGCGAUCUGGACUAG